AUGGGAGAAAUGGACUCUACCGACUUUAGCCUCUACAAGGACCAGCUCUAUCGCAGUGCGGAGCCAGUGGAAGACACAGACACCUCCAGUAUCCACAGCAUCGAAAACUUCCCGGUGCAGGUCACAGAUCCACACGACGCCGUCACUCUGCAGCUCAGCUCAGUGUCUCCAAAUGCAUGCAGGAUUCAACAGCCGGUGGAGGACGUGGACUGCACAUGCUCCUCCUCAUCGUCUCCAGAACCUAAGGCCCUCCUCACCCUCUGCUCUUGCUGCUCCCCCCCGCCCCCACACAUCGGUGACGUCCUGAACGACCCGGAGCUGCUGGACGCGCUGCGGCUGAAGCUGGACCCCGCGCGCUUCACGGUGAAGAACUGGCGUCACGUGGGCGCGCGCUGGGGCCUGAGCUUCGACGAGCUGACCCUGCUGGAGCAGCGCGCGGAGAGCCCAACCUUAGAGCUGCUCGUGCGCUUCAGACACAAACCUGUGCAAGAGCUGCACGCGCUCUGCCUCUUCUACCAGCGCAUUGAUGUCACACGCAUCCUCACACACUGGACACAGGGGGACUGGCCCCGCAGGUGGAGGCUGAGGCACCUGAGGCAGUGA